UUUGUGGUGACGUCGUUCGUUUACAUCCGCCAUGUUUUCACCUUUGAGCUUACUUUAGUCAAAGAAAAAGGAUGAUUUAUCGCAAAGUUAUCUAAACAGUUACGUGUCACAUGCAAAUAAUAUCUUCCAUUGGGAGCGAGUCGCUCUGUUGACAGCUUUUGCUAAUGAAAUGGGCUCCAGUAUAUUAGAUAAACGAGGAUAUGUGAAUUUCAUCCGAGCAAAGAACCAUACUAGAUUUGCUGAUGGAUGCAAAGAAAGAACAUCUGGAGGGGACGAAAAAAGCGGUCAGUUGGCCGGAAAAGAGGCAAGGUCGUUCUAUGAGAGUUUGAUCACUGUUUCUAGUUCACUAGAGCAAUCGCCUCAUAAAUCAGAAACUUCUGCACACAAACAAACGGAGCGAAGCAAAGAAGCCCAAGACAACACAAGAAGCAGGACACAUAAGUUUACUCCUAAAAAUAAACUAAAAAGACUGAGCGGCAUAAAGACGGAACGACAGAAAACAGAACGGCAUAAAUACCACAAGAAACCGGAUAGGGAUAAACAUUUAGACAACAGACUACAAAACCAGUUUCUUCGUCUCGCACAAGAUGGUAAUUUAGUAGAGCUAAGAAGACUACUAAAAAAUGAUGUUGUUGAUAUUAAUUGUUGUGAUCAGUUUGGAUGGAAUGCUUUGAUGUGCGCAGCCCAUAUGGGGCAACAUAGGGUAGUAAAGUAUUUACUCAAGAAAGGUGUGUGUUGGAAAAAUGUAUUCAACUCUAAAGGCCAAACAGCAAUGGACUUAGCAAGCCUUGCUGGACACUCUCAUAUCACACAACUAUUCCAAACCCACGAAAAAGGGUUUGCAAAAAAGCCCAGUGGAACUGAUAUGCCUUCUGGUAAGAAAUAUUGGUGCACAGUCUGCCAGGGGGAGUUUACAGAUGACGAGAAAAAACACAAGAGCUCCACCACUCAUCAGUUUAACUGCCAACACAAGCCACAAAGAGUACACUAUUAUAUUUCUGAGGACAACCCUGGGUACAGGCUAAUGGUGAAGUCUGGGUGGGAUGAAGAAAAAGGUCUGGGUCCUGAGGGAAGUGGCAGACAGUAUCCUGUGAAGACUGUGUUGAAGCAAGAUAGACUAGGUCUAGGGAACGAAGACCUUACCAAGAAAGCUCGUGUGACUCAUUUUGGACCAUGUGAUGCAGCUUCUGUCAAAAGAAAACGUGUGACAAAACCAACAGAGAAACAAAUAACCAAAAAAGAGAGACUCUGUAAAGAUAGAAAAGACAAAAUGUGGGAGCGAGACAUGAGGAUAUAUAUGAAUACAGAUUGAUAAUAUGAAUUUAGUAUGCAAUUAAAAUUGGUUGAUCAUUAUUUAUCAA